AUGUCAGAGAUUGCUCCUUUUGGUAACAGUAAAGAUACCGACAUAAAAGAAAAAAGCUUUAGAAGCAAACUCGGCAGAGAUCACUUGUAUUCGCUUAACCAAAUUGGAAUCAAGGGCAAAUUUGACGGCAGUUCCAAGAAUAUUACUAUUUCCUGCAUACCCCUAUCGAGCCCUGAAAUUUACGAAAGUAAAACAAAAUUGAUAAACUGUGGAAACUAUGAGAGCUAUGCGAUUGGUGUACCCCUCCAGGCUGUUGGAAUAGGAAAUCAAAUCGAAGCCGGCGUUUGCUAUGACCUCAAUAAGUCUUCACUAAAGUUUGUCACGUUUGUAGCACAUCUAACUAGUGACGCCGAAGUCGUUGAUGAGCGCAAAGCCACAAAUGAACUAACCGUAACACUGGAUGAAAAGGUUGCCAGCUUGGAAAACUAUUAUAAAUUCAUGAGUCAGGAAGCUUUUGAUGCAGCCAGAGAUGCUCCGGAUAGAUGCCAAAAUCCACUCAUCAAUGCCUUCAAAUUUGAUUUUGCCAGCUUAUUACAAAACGGUCCAUCGAAUACCGACCUAAAUGACUACGCCUACUUAUUUAACAUUAUGUGGUGGCGUCAACUACGGCAACAAAACUGGCGUUACUUCCUUGAUGCUCUGCGAGAGCGUACACGAUCCGAUAAGUAUCUCGUUUAUAUGGGCACCUAUGGCAAUGCCAGCCUCCCAUCGGUGCAUCGCAAUUACGGUUCAUUCAAACUCGAUAUUGUGUCUGUUAGCACAGAAAAUUUGACUGUCAAUGCGCCAGCGUAUAUUUGGGCCUACUUGAAGCCCUUAACACACGCCGAUGAGGAAGAGGACUUCGUUGUUAUUGCACAUAAUUCACCAUAUGUAAUGAAUCCAGGACAUACCGAAUUCUGCAGCGUUGAUAUGUGCGACAAAGUUGAGUGGUUGAAAACUAGCACUUUUGGUAAUCUUCGACGCUUGCCAACACUAGGUUAUACCUUCUGUUGCCGUCCGGAGGAGGUGGCAGAGAUCAUUGAAUACUUUCCAAUGGCAGCCGAGAAGAACGAAAGUACUCAGACUACAGAACUUCAUUUAACAACAGAAAAAGAAAUUUGAGAUUCGUACUCACAAAACUUAUUAUUUCUUAAAAUAGUAUAAGUAUCCUUCUUUUUGAAAGUCAUAUACAAACUUAAAAUUGGUUAAAAUAUAACCGAGCUAAAAGUUAUUUAGUGCCGGAAGUCAUGCGAAAAUGGUUUUUUAAGAAUAAGUUGAGAAUUUCAAGGUUUUAGAAAAAUUUUAAGCGCAGUUUCGUGAACUAAUUGACCAGCCCUAGGACCUGUACUAGGUCAAUUAAACAGUUCAUGAUCAGUGUAACAUCAUGUAAUAGAAUCACUCAAAAUAUUUUUGCAUUAAUCGUUUAAAACAAGUUCAGAAUCUACAAACUC